CCAGGAAGGAAAGCCGGAGACACAGCAGCGUCAGGCAGUGUGAGGCUUUUCGCUGCACCUGACAACAACCGUGGUUAAUAACACAUUCCUCUGCUCUUUCGACUGUGUUUUAUUCUUCUGUUUGGACUUAGACACAGACAACAUGCUGAUAACCGAAUUCCGAAUUGUCCUGCCCAUUUCAGUGGAUGAGUACCAGGUGGGUCAGCUGUAUACAGUAGCUGAGGCCAGUAAGGAUGAGACUGGCGGAGGAGAAGGUGUUGAGGUGUUGAUCAACGAGCCGUAUGAGAAAGAUGGCCAGAAGGGACAGUACACUCACAAGAUCUACCACCUGAAUAGCAAAGUGCCAUCCCUAAUUCAGAAACUGGCCCCUAAAGAUUCUCUAAAGGUUCACGAGGAGGCCUGGAACGCAUAUCCUUACUGUCGGACUGUCCUUACAAACCCCUAUUUGGGAAACAAAUUCAGCAUGACCAUCGAGACGUGGCACAAGGCUGAUAUGGGGGAGGAGGAGAAUGUACACGGACUAGACCAAACAACAUGGGAUUCAGUUGUGAUUGCCAAUAUUGACAUCGGAGAAACUCCACAGGGCCUGAAAACAGAGUUCAAUCCAGCCACCUUCACGUCAGAGAAAACGAAGCGAGGACCUUUGACACCAGGCUGGAAGGAAAAACUCGCCCAAGACGCUGAAUGUCCACACAUGUGCGCUUACAAGCUCGUCACUCUUGAGGCCAAGGCACCUAUGAUACAGAAGACGGUUGAAAAUAUGAUUAUGAAGGCGGAGAGGAAUUUGUUUGACAAAUUCCACAAACAGCUGUUCUGCACGAUCGACGACUGGGUCAAUCUGACGAUGGAGGACAUACGACAAAAAGAGGAGAAUACAAAAAAGGAGCUGGAUGAGAUGAGGAAAAACGAUGAGGUCAGAGGCAUGACAGCAGACGGCUGAAGAGCAGACCCUGUUGAUUCCUGUUCCUUCAGAAGGCUCGGUCUCGUCACCUUUGACCCUGGACUUAGAAGAACCUCAUAAACGUGAUAAAAAAAAAAUCUCUUAAUAAAUGUUUCAAUUAAUGAGA